CCUAAUUUGAAUUGGGAACCCGGUUCCGAUCAAUUUAUUGAUUUUCCCAAAAUUUAUAUCGAAACGCAGAAUGCCUCAGAAAAACGGAGCUGAACAGACCGACGCCAGCGGCUCCGUGUCAAAAUCGCAGCGCCCGACAAUGAUUAAACCCUCGGACGAAAAUGAGAAAAAUGUAUCAGUCGCAUAAAUGGACAGUUUAUGUACAUGGAACAACAAACGAGGACUUGGGAGUGGCUAUAAAACGUGUUAUUUUCGAAUUUCAAUAACCCCACAAGGGUCGUUAAUAACCCGCCCUUUGAGAUCUCGGAGUCCGGGUGGGGCGAAUUUGAAAUCGUCAUUUCCCUUCAUUUUCACAGUGAUAUUACGGAUAAGCCAAUGCACUUGUUCCACCACUUGAAGUUAUAUCCUGAGGAGGAAUCGGGCCUGGGCCCGUUAUCUACCAAGAAGCCCGUUAUUGUGGAGUCAUAUGAUGAGAUUGUUCUUUCAGCGCCUUUUGAGGCUUUCUUUGCUCUGGUACAAAAUCAUCCUGCGGUUAUUGUGCCUAGAUUGCCCGUGAGCUUUACUCUGCCUCUUGUUGACGAUUUUGAGAAAAAGAACAGUGGUGACACUAAAAAUCAUUCCCUGAAUCAGUGGUUUACCAAUUUCUCCGAAGUGGAUGUGCUAUUGAAGCUUGCUACUGCACGGCAACAGGUGCAAUCGCAUAUUGCGAGACUCAGAAGGCAGUUGAGUUUGAUCGACGGGCAGAAUCAGCAACUGAAAGCAGCACCUGACAUGUAAAUUUUCAUUACAUUAUCCAAACAAAAAAAAAAGGUUCCUUUCUCAUUUAUGGAAAGUUAGUUUCCU